CGUCAUGUAACUGGCAUUUUGAACCAAAUAAAUACUGGACGAAAUCUCCCGUUUGUUCUGAAUUGCAAUCACUAUCUCCAUCAAUCAGAGUCACAACAACACACAAAAGCAGCAUAACCUCCAAAGAAACCAAUCCCCCACGAAGAAGACUCGUAUUAGUCCACAGCUCCAGAUCAACCAAAGUCAAAACCCCAACCCCCUCCCCAAAUAAAACAACCAUGUCCAUCCUCGCACCCUACGCCGAACAACACAAGGCCACCUCCGGCCCUAACGACAGCCGCCCCACAGCAGUCCAAAUCAUCCAAGACCAAGACCUCGUCGGAAAAUGGACAGAUAAAGUCGUCGUCGUCACCGGCUGCUCCCCCGGCGGUCUCGGCCCGGAAACCGCUCGGGCCUUCCACGUCGCCGGCGCCGACGUCUACAUCACCGUCCGCGAUGUUGCCAAGGGCGAGGAGGUCGCCAAGGAUAUCCUAUCCGAUGGCAAGCCCGGCAAAGUUGAGGUCAUCAAGUUGGACCUCGGAUCUCUUGAGAGCGUGAGAGAGGGCGCCAAGGCGUUCCUGGCAAAGUCUGACAAGUUGAAUGUGAUUGUCAACAAUGCUGGAGUCAUGGCCUGUCCCAAGGGCAAGACAGUUGACGGAUUCGAAACCCAAUUCGGCACAAACCACCUCGGCCACUUCCUCCUCUUCCAACUCCUCAAACCAACCCUCCUCGCCUCCUCAAACCCCACCUUCAACUCCCGCGUCAUCUCCGUCUCCUCCUCAGGCCACCGCGGCGGCCGCAUCCAAUUCGAAGACUUCCACUUUGACCACACCGCAGAAUACGCACCCUGGGCAGGCUACGGCCAAGCCAAACUCGCAAACAUACUCUUCGCAAACGAGCUCGACCGCCGCUACGGCGCCCGCGGCCUACACGCCCUCAGCCUCAUGCCGGGCGGCAUCGAGACGCCGCUGCAGCGCCACCAGCCGGAAAUCACCGAGAUGGUUAAAGACCCGGCGGUCCACAAGGUCAUGAAGAGUCCCGCGCAGGGCGCGGCUACGUCUGUUUGGGCUGCUGUUGCAAAGGAGUGGGAGGGUAAAGGCGGGAGGUAUCUCGAGGAUUGUGCCGAGGCGGAGGAGGUGAAGCCUGAGACUGGGAUGCUUGCGCCUGGGUAUGCGCCGGCGGCGUAUGACGUUGAGGCGGAGAAGAGGUUGUGGGUUGAGAGUUUGAAGAUGGUUGGGCUUGAGGAUGAUCAGUGAGUCUUGGCCUGGGAAGACAGAGAGGGGCGGGAGAGAGGCGGGAGGGGGUUUGGUUUGUGAUGAUAUGAUGAAUGAAAAAGGAUUAGCAUGCAUAGAUAUCGCUUAUAGAAUUUGAAAAUUCCUCU